AUGGUCAGACUCUUCAGUGACGUACUUCCAGCCAUCCCAGUCACAUUGAGCGAUGAGCAUGCAUCACAGAUCGAGCUUACCCCUCAGCCAACAUCAGAUGUGUUCACACCUAUUUUGACAGAUCAUCAACAUGAGGUUGGAGAGCCUAUUAUGCCUGAUCCCUCUUCCGUUCGAGUAUGCAUAGCUAGGGCUUUGGUUGAGAAUGGUGGCAAGGGACCACCAUCGGCAAACCAAGAUUACCUUAUUCAGUCACUUUUGGACCAUGCCCCUUGUGACAUCUUUCCAUAUCUCGAUCAAUGGGAUGCUUCGACCACUACUGCGGAAGCUUCUACUCGUCAUGCCACUUCCUCAACCAUGGCCAGGGUGCUUCUAGAUCCUGUAGCUGAGGCCAUACUUUGGUCCUAUACAGAUCGAGAUUGCAUAUCAUUGGCUGACCAAGAUGAGACAGACAGGGUUAAGGCCGUUAUUGAGGCAUUGAUCAGGCAACUUCAGGAAAGGAGGGCUGUCAUUCUCGCCAAGGUCUCUGAGGAUAUUUGGAGAUAUAGGCUUCUUGAGGCUCAGCUUUGCCAAGACUCAGUUGCACUGAAGUCAUUUAAGGUGCAGAAGCUACCCAUCAUAUUUGCCCUAUCCGUUGGAGAGAAGCCUGUUUUAGGAUGUUUAGAUCUGUAUUAG